GAUCAUUCUCCUUUAGGAAGCCAAAUUCCUUUGAAGGUCUCACCAUGGUGUCCUGGGCUCUGCUUUUCCUUGCUCUUUUCAGUUACUGCUCAGGUGCCAGUUCCCAGGCAACUAUAACUCAGCCUCCAUCCGCAUCUGGAUCCCUGGGCGAAACUGUGACACUCUCCUGCACCAGAAGCAGUGGGAGCUGGGAAAGCUAUUAUCGCUGGUACCAACAGAGACCUGGGCAGGCCCCUCGCUUCGUGCACCGGCCAGGUGGCAGCCGGGGAGAAGGGAUCCCGGAUCGGUUCACUGCCACUGGCUCUGGGGACAACUACCUUUUGACCAUCACUAAUGUCGAGGCUGAAGACGAGGCGGAUUAUUACUGUGGCGAAUGGGAGAGCACUGGUGGUUGGAAGUAUAUCUUCGGAGGCGGAACCCAGCUGACAGUCACAGGGCAACCAGCAGCGCCUCCCACAGUGAAUCUCUUCCCUCCAUCUUCUGAUGAGUUAACGAGCAAGAGCAAAGCCACCUUGGUCUGCCUGGUGGACGACUUCACUCCAGGCGCCAUUGACGUCACCUGGUUGGCUGACGGGAGCCCGAUCACGAGUAACGUCGAGACCACCCGGCCGACCAAACGCAACGACAAGUACGUGGCCAGCAGUUACCUGUCUCUGACUGCUGCCGAGUACGAGAAGAAGAGUGAAUAUACCUGUAAGGUGACCCAUGACGGAAAGUCCUACCAGAAGAGCGUGCAGAGGGAGGCCUGUUCUGCUUAACCCUUUCGUGCCCACAGGGCUGUGCUGAACCCUGAGCUCCUUUGCAUCAGGAAGGAACCUAGACAUGCCCCAUGCAGUUACCUCUCCUCCCCGCUGCCCCCUCCCCAUUUUCCCCUCUGUACUCCCAGUAAUUUACAAGAAUUCCCCUUCCCCCUUAGCUUCUUAGACACCUGUGUUGGUAGGAUGAAUAAAACCAAAAAAUAUGCCAUUUUGCUGUCUCUGUAUAGAUUUCCUUUGGUGAUGAUGAAACAAAAGAAAUCAUCGUUAAUGUCAUCUUGCAGUAAAUAAAACAGACAAAGGUCUACCCUG